CAGAUCUUAUCGCCCGCUCCCCACUGCCCUGUGAUUUUCUUCUGGGCUCUGAGGAGGAGGGACCACAAAAAAUGGCGGAGCGGAGCCAGACGGCGUCUGAGGCAGGCAAUGAUAUGGGAAGUGAUGAUACCAUCGGAGGGAAUGUGAGCAAAUGUAUGGUGCUUCCAGCUGGAUACUGCGGACAGCCCAAGAAAGGACAUCUUACCUUUGAUGCUUGCUUUGAAAGUGGUAACCUUGGACGGGUGGACCAGGUCUCUGAGUUUGAGUAUGAUUUGUUCAUUAGGCCGGAUACCUGUAAUCCACGCUUCCGAGUCUGGUUCAACUUUACUGUUGAAAAUGUGAAAGAAUCACAGAGAGUCAUUUUCAACAUUGUUAACUUCAGCAAAACCAAGAGUCUUUAUCGAGAUGGGAUGGCCCCUAUGGUAAAAUCUACUAGCAGACCAAAAUGGCAAAGGCUGCCACCUAAAAAUGUUUACUACUACCGCUGCCCGGACCAUAGGAAGAAUUAUGUGAUGUCCUUUGCAUUUUGUUUUGACCGGGAAGAAGAUAUUUACCAGUUUGCUUACUGCUACCCAUACACAUACACUCGCUUUCAGCAUUACCUUGACAGCCUGCAAAAGAGGAACAUGGAUUAUUUCUUUCGGGAGAAGCUGGGUCAGAGCGUGCAACAGCGGCAGCUUGACCUCCUGACAAUAACCAGCCCCGACAAUCUUCGGGAAGGGGCGGAGCAGAAGGUGAUAUUCAUCACGGGACGAGUCCACCCCGGGGAAACGCCCUCCUCGUUUGUGUGCCAAGGGAUCAUUGACUUCCUCAUAAGCCAGCACCCGGUUGCCCGUGUCCUGCGGGAACACCUGGUCUUCAAGAUUGCACCAAUGCUCAACCCUGAUGGAGUCUACCUGGGCAACUACAGGUGCUCUCUGAUGGGAUUCGACCUGAACCGCCACUGGCUGGAUCCUUCUCCGUGGGCCCACCCUACCCUGCAUGGGGUGAAACAGCUCAUCAUCCAGAUGCACAACGACCCUAAAACAAGCCUGGAGUUUUAUAUUGACAUCCACGCCCACUCCACCAUGAUGAAUGGCUUCAUGUACGGCAACAUCUUUGAGGAUGAAGAACGGUUCCAGAGGCAGGCCAUUUUUCCCAAGCUCCUCUGCCAGAAUGCCGAAGACUUCUCCUACUCCAGCACAUCCUUCAACCGGGAUGCAGUGAAGGCAGGCACAGGCCGUCGCUUCCUUGGAGGGCUUCUGGACCACACCUCCUACUGCUACACCCUCGAGGUCUCCUUCUACAGCUACAUCAUUGGGGGCACCACAGCCGCCGUGCCCUACACCGAGGAAGCCUAUAUGAAGCUGGGGCGGAAUGUGGCCAGAACAUUUUUGGACUAUUACCGGCUGAACCCCAUGGUUGAGAAACUGGCGCAUCCCGUGCCGAGGCUGCGGAAAGAAAAACCCCCUCCCCACAAGUACCCACUCCCGAGGGGCCGGGCCAGCAACUACCCCAACGGCAAGAGGGACAAGAAGAGCUCAGUGGACCCCAGAGACCCUUCGGGCCUUUUUUGAGGACAUGAAGUCCGGGCAGUCUUGUGGAGGCAGGAGCGUGCGCUUUCUGCUGGGCAUGGAGUUGAUCGCCCUCUUAGUUUCCAAGAUCAGGGCUGUGGGAUCACGAAAAAGCUAGUGAAAGGGGAGGGGAAAAUGAGAAGUUUCGUCAUUGAUUCUCCCUCUGACCAAUGGGAAAUCAAUUGUAAGGCUUCAGCUUACGUCUCAGGAACGAGAUAGGAGAGUCAAACCAAGCAAGGACAGGUGACCUUGUCCUCCACACAGAGACCCUCACAGGAAGGGAAAGGGAUGCACCCCCUUCGAGAGGUUUGACACACCUCAGGUCAGUUUACCUGUUUCGGUUGUGUAUUUACUCCAUGCAGAUGGCCACCUUUCAGAGUGAGCUGAGAAUAAGUUUACAGUUGUAGAAAAGCUGUGUCCAUAUUUGCUGGUCCAAAAUAACAUCAACCACACUUACAACCCAAAGACAAAUGUACUGUUGGGAACAGUGGGACAGCAUUUUUGAAAUCAGUUUGUCUUAGACAUUCAGCAACUUUAUGUAUGAGUUGCAUGCCCCUUGACUCUCCCGAACCCCAGCAUGCAACGUCAUAAAACUGUUCUGAGAGCUAUUUCCCAAUUUUAGCUCCAAAGAUAGUAAGUAUUGGUCACUCGUGCUCCACAUCUGGUGGUCACAGAUCAAACCUGGCCACAAAAAAAGGUGGGCAUUUACUCUGAAAUGGGGCAAGGCUGACUGGCAGGCAAGGAAGAUACAAGAGACAAAAAAGAUGCACUCUGAGUCAGGUGGGGAUGAUCCAAUAAAACAACAGCAGUAGCAUUCUCCAAGGUGGGGCAAGCUUAAUAUUGUGUAUUUUUCUAAAGAGUAAAGUGCCUUUGUAUGAUGAAUGGGUCCAGGAGAGUCUGCUCCCUCUCUGUCUGCUUGGCAGUGCCGCAGGCUGAGUCACCGUGACAACCUGCUAAUUAAAAUGACCUCCCGGAAAUGAGGAUUAAGGGAUAGGGGGAGGAAGGGAGGCUCAAGGGAGAUAGGGCCUUUAGCACAAAGCUCCAGUUAAGCACUUUUUUUUUUUUUGCUUUGGGUUGAAGAUUUUCUAAGUUUGUUGCAAAAAUUGAGAGCAAAGCUUAUUCUCCCUUUGCUUAUUGGUUUUCAGCAAUUAUAACAAAGAACCGUAUGUUCGCUGGCUGCAAAUGUUGUGUCGUGUAUACAGCUUCUCCCCUGUGUGCUUG